AAAAGAGAAGGGGGCGCGUUUGUAUGAGAUGGUCUGUUGAACAGCAGGGAGACGCUGCAUGUGUUUACCGGUCAGCCGAUGAGGAUCGCUCACGCCGGCUCUCGAAUAUGGAAGCGUUCUGGGACUGAUCUACGGCACAUUUAUGUUCAGAAUGACUGAAGUGACAUCCUUGAAUUUACAUUCUUCUCAAGCCUUUUAGAGAAGAUCCUUUUGGCUUCUGGAGCCAGUCUCGUUUCCUCUUGAGGGAUGUAACAUUAAACGGACCGUAAGCAAAGGCAUACAGGGGCUGAGUGACCCAAGCGUAGCUCUCACCUGGGGGAGGACCAGCACUCCCUCAUUCCCAUCCUCCCUUGAGCCCCCACUCUGAAGCAGCCAUGGCGCCACGGAAACGUGGGGGCGGAGGGCACGGCGUGUCCUUUUUUUUCUGCUGCUUCCAGAGCAGUGACCACCCAGAGAUCACCUACCGUCUGCGGGAGGACUUCGCCCUGCAGGCCAUGGAGCCGGCUCUGCCCAUUCCCAGCUAUGACGAGCUGGACGCCAUGUUCUCAGAGCUGGUGGAUGAGCUGGACCUCACAGAGAAGCACAGAGAGGCCAUGUUUGCCUUGCCAGCAGAAAAGAAAUGGCAGAUAUACUGCAGCAAGAAGAAGGAGCAAGAGGAGAAUAAAGGUGCUACUAGCUGGCCAGAGUACUACAUUGACCAGCUCAAUUCAAUGGCAGCUAGGAAAACUCUGUUGGCCUUGGAGAAGGAAGAAGAGGAGGAACGCAACAAGACUAUUGAAAGCCUGAAAACGGCACUGCGGACACAACCAAUGAGGUUCGUAACACGGUUCAUCGAUAUGGACGGCCUGACAUGCAUCCUGAACUUCCUGAAGAGCAUGGAUUAUGAGACCACCGAGUCUCAGAUCCACACUUCCCUCAUCGGCUGCAUCAAAGCCCUGAUGAACAACUCCCAGGGUCGCGCUCACGUGCUCUCUCACUCCGAGAGCAUCAACAUCAUCGCUCAGAGUCUGGCCACCGAGAACAUCAAGACUAAAGUGGCGGUGCUGGAGAUCAUGGGUGCUGUGUGUUUAGUGCCGGGAGGCCACAAGAAGAUUUUGGAGGCCAUGUUGCACUAUCAAAAGUUCUCUUGUGAGCGCACACGAUUUCAGACAUUGCUGAAUGAUCUGGACAAAAGCAUAGGACGGUACAGGGACGAGGUCAGCCUGAAAACGGCGAUUAUGUCCUUCAUUAAUGCUGUUUUAAGCCAAGGAGCUGGUGAAGCCAGCCUUGAGUUCCGGGUUCAUUUGCGAUACGAGUUCCUCAUGUUGGGGAUUCAGCCCAUCAUCGACAAACUCAGGUCACAUGAAAACUCUACUUUAGACAGGCAUUUGGAUUACUUUGAGAUGCUGAGAAAUGAUGAUGAGCUCACAUUAUCCAGGCGGUUUGAGGCUGUGAGUAGAUUAAAAAUAAUAUUUCUAAUAAUGGUUUUACAUUUUAUGUAUAGAUAUAUUGCUUACAAUUAUUAUAAUAUUUUUAAAAAUAUGAUAAAAAAAAAGAGAUUAUUUAUGUCUAUUCUUCACCAUUGCCUGCUUAUGCCUCAUAAGAGAAGUGGGAACACAGUGCAGUACUGGCUGCUCCUGGACCGCAUUGUCCAACAGAUGGUCCUGCAGAGUGACAAAGGUCACGACCCUGAUGUCACGCCGUUAGAAAACUUCAAUGUAAAGAAUGUGGUUCGAAUGCUUGUCAAUGAAAAUGAGGUGAAACAGUGGAAGGAACAGGCGGAAAAAAUGCGUAAAGACCACCAUGAGCUUCAACAGAAGCUGGAAAAGAAGGAGCGAGAGUGUGACGCAAAAACUCAGGAGAAGGAGGAGAUGAUGCAAACUCUCAACAAGAUGAAAGAGAAGUUAGAAAGAGAAAUGGGGGAACAUAAACUAGUCAAGCAGCAGGUGGCAGAAAUGACUUCCAGACUACAUCACCUCAGCACGAGACAAGUAGCCAGUGUUCCCGGAGGGCCUCCCAUCCCUGGUCCUCCAGGUGGCCCUCUCUUGCCCCCUCCACCUCCUCCACCUCCACCGGGUGGCAUGAUGCCUCCUCCACCACCUCCUCCACCGGGCAGUGCUGUGAUGCCGCCGCCUCCACCACCGCCCCCUGGUGGCCCCCCGCCACCCCCUGGACGGCCACCUUUCGGUGCAGCUCCGCCUCCGCCAGGAGCUCCCGUGGGACCGUCCCUGAAGAAGAAAAACAUUCCUCAGCCGUCCAAUCCACUCAAGUCCUUCAACUGGGCCAAGCUGUCUGAGAACAAGCUGGAGGGAACAGUCUGGGCAGACAUUGAUGACAGCAAAGUUUUCAAAAUUCUGGACUUGGUGGACAUUGAGAAGACUUUCUCUGCCUAUCAGAGGCAACAGGACUUCUUUAUGGUCAAUAACUGCAAGCAGAAAGAGACUGAAGACGAUGCGCUGAGCUCCAAGAAAGUCAAAGAGCUCUCUGUCAUCGAUGGCCGUCGGGCUCAGAACUGCAACAUCCUUCUCUCACGAUUGAAAGUUUCCAAUGAGGAAAUAAAGAGGGCUAUUCUGACUAUGGACGAACAGGAAGAUCUGCCCAAGGACAUGCUGGAGCAGAUGCUCAAGUUUGUCCCAGAGAAGUGUGAUGUGGACCUACUAGAGGAGCACAAACAUGAGUUGGACCGCAUGGCAAAGGCAGACCGUUUCCUCUAUGAAAUGAGCAGAAUAAACCAUUACCAGCAGAGGUUACAGUCUUUGUACUUCAAAAAGAAGUUUGCAGAGAGGAUUGCAGAAAUUAAACCUAAAGUUGAAGCACUGUCCAAGGCCUCAAAAGAGGUGCUGCACAGUAGAAAUCUCAAGCAGUUGCUGGAGGUGGUGCUGGCGUUCGGCAACUACAUGAACAAAGGACAGAGAGGCAAUGCUUACGGCUUCAAAAUCUCUUCACUCAAUAAGAUUGCAGACACCAAGUCCAGCAUCGACAAGAAUAUCACUCUCCUACACUACCUGAUCACCAUUCUGGAGAAGAAGUACUCCAAAGUCGUGAUCUUCUCAGAGGAGCUGCCGAACGUGCCGGAAGCUGCAAAAGUAAACAUGACUGAACUGGAGAAGGAGAUCAAUAAUCUUCGCAGUGGCUUGAAGAGCGUAGAGAGUGAGCUCGAAUUCCAGAAGAAGCGUCCUCAGGAGUAUGGGGAUAAGUUUGUGUCAGUAGUCAGCCAGUUCAUCACAGUGGCCAGUUUCAGCUUCUCUGAUGUCGAGGACUCCCUCAGCGAGGCCAAAGAACUGUUCUUAAAGGCGGUCAAGCACUUUGGUGAAGAUGCUGAUAAGAUGCAGCCCGAUGAGUUCUUUGGGAUAUUCGACCAGUUCUUGCAGUCCUUUGGAGAGGCCCGUCAAGAGAACGAGAACAUGCGGCGACGCAAAGAAGAGGAGGAGCGCAGGGCACGAAUGGAGGCUCAGCUCAAGGAGCAGAGGGAGAGAGAGAAGAAGGCUCGAAAAGCCAAAGAGAACGGAGAGGACGAUGGUGGCGAGUUUGACGACCUGGUGUCGGCUUUGCGUUCUGGAGAGGUUUUCGAUAAAGAUCUGUCGAAGAUGAAGCGCAAUCGCAAACGCAUCAACAGCCAGACGUCAGACACCGGCAGGGAGCGUCCAAUUACCAAGCUUAACUUCUGAACGGCGGACAAGCAGACCAACCACUGAGACGCAUUUCAUUACAACCAAACAACCUCCCUGUGGUGGUGAAUGUCUGGAGGACACCCAUUAGCUCCUCUCCUCAGAUUAAACUCGAUCCCGGGUAGCAGAGGAAAGCAUGUUUACCCAAAGACGGUCAGCUUAUCAUGUGUCAUGUGACUGUAAUUGGAAACCUGUCUAAAUGCAGAGAGAAAAGACUCAGAAAUUAGGAAUACGGCUGCCAAAUGAACCUGAUUUAAUGAUUUAUUUCAUCAAGAGUGCUGGAGCACCAGGAUAUUAUCAGAGAUUGAUAUAACUAUGGGUUUACUGAUUGGAUAUGAAUCAGAAACUCAGGCUCAUUUGACCAUAGAAACGGCAAAUCUUGUCAACCCCAAUUUUUCUUACUGUAACCAAACAAAUCGCCAAAAGUGACACUGAGUCUUGGCAUGCUAAAGCGUCACUCAUCUUGCUUUUCUGACUGAUUCAAAGUGGGAAUGGAUGUAAUUUAAAGAUUCCAAUGACAAGUGUCUGUACAUAGGUCACUGAAAAGCUGUAAAGUGACUGUACACCUUUAAGAAAAGGAUUUUGCCCUUUUGACAAAAGGUGUUUUUUUUUUUUUUUUAAUACAUAGUGUUUUAAAGGAAUAUUACUGACAUUAAUAACCAGGGUUGUGGGUUGCUUUUACAGAAAGAAGACUGCAUUGUAAUAUCCGAUCCAGGCUGACUGGGGAUGAUUUUUUAAAGGUGUGUUUUUAGGGGCCUCUGGAGCCCAUGUUGUCUUAAACUCUGUGGACGGUCAUUGUACAGACACUAUGCAGUUUCUGAUGUCAAGUGUUGGUCUCUCUGUUUGAGGAGGUUUCAUGUGAAAUGUAGUCAUAUUUAAAAGGCAAUACUCUUCUUCCCUUACGUUCUUCCUUCCUGUCUGGAGUCUCUCCUGUUUGUUUUUUUUAUCAGCAGCCUAGUUGUAUGGU